GAGUGUGCGUAAAAUUGAAUCAAUCCGUCGAAACCCGUUGCAGCCAAUCAAUAAUCAGCACUGAUCGGCCCCGACCAAUCUCCGCCGUCGAUCCCGGAACCGGUGAUCGGAGACUUCCACCGGAAGAGCUUUGACAUAAUAUGAAUUCAGUGAAUUUUUAUUUAAUAUUUUUGGGGAUUGUUUUUCAUAGGGGGGUUUUGAAAUUCCUACUGUGAAAGUUCGGUUAUCGGAGAAUCUGGUUCUGGGUUUUGUUGGGUUUUCCGAGAGCAUUGGUGGGUCGGAGAGGGUAUUUUGGGGAUUGGACUGAUGCUGGACUUUAGGGAAGGUCGGUGCGUGAAGGGGUGAAAAGGUUGGGGUUUUGGGGUUAGAGGUAGGUUAGGGUUAGGGUUUGGUAAGGUUGGUUGUGAUGGAGGGGAAUAAUACUGAGCUUGAAGAAGGUGAGGCUCCUCGCAAUUACAAGGAUGAUGACGAGGGAAACCUUGACCCGGACAACGAUCUCUCUUACAUUGAUGAGAGAAUUCAGAAUGCUCUGGGCCAUUUCCUGAAGGAUUUUGAAGGCGGGAAUUCUGUUGAGACUUUGGGGGCAAAGUACGGUGGGUAUGGCUCUUUUUUACCAUCCCAUGAAAGGUCUUCGUCCAUUUUGUCUCAUCCAAAGACCCCGCAGAUAAACUACAGCACAUCAAGAUCUCCUAAAAGUUUAACAGAGGGUGCUCCUCAGAAUCUGAAAGCUUAUUCAAAAGCAGCCCCAGAUGUGAGGCUUGGAACUGCUAACAAUGCUAAUUUGUCACAUAAUUCAAGGGUCCUCCUUGGAGAUAUUUCAGUUAAGCGGAAUUCAUGCUUGCCUUCUGCUCAAGUAGCUGAGAGGUGUUCCUUGAAAGAUGAAACUUCAAACAGACAGGGCAAUCCAACUGAUCAAAGGACACUGAAGGUUCGAAUCAAAAUGAACCCUGAUAACACGGCUCGGAAGAAUGUAGCAAUAUAUAGUGGUCUUGGACUUAGCUCUCCAUCUUCAUCUUUGGAGAACAGCCCUGAGGAAAGUAAGGAGAUGAUACCUCCAUCUCAAGUGAUUGUGGAUGACACUGCUACUAACAUUAUUCAGGUUAUGACUUCCUUCCCUGUUCCUGGAGAUGCAUUGAUAUCACCACUCCAUGACAGUUUGCUUUGCUUAGCAAGAAAGAGAAAGCUUUAUCAACAAAAACCAGUGCCUUCAUCUAAGGGUCAUCAAGAACAUUCAUCUUUGUUUGUAGAUGACACUGUUUUCACACAGGGCAACGCCAAAGUGUCAAAGGAGAUAAAAAUGAAAGUAUCCAGGAAGGGUGAAAGUCCGGUAGCGCUGAAGCUUGAGAAUGGUAUCAAGAAUAACACAAAAAUUAUCAUGAAAAAGAAAUCAGAAGCUGUGAGUCAAGAAGACAAGGAGCUUGUGCCCAAUGACUUGAAAGCGACACCUUUGCCCAAUUCAAUAUUUGUUGGUAAUUGUUUGAAAGUGAUUGGUAAGACACCUGAAGCUUCCAGGGAGGCCAAUGAGAAUGAGGUGAAAGGAAAAUUAUCUUCCUCUGAAUUAGUGAAGGAAGAGUCAUUUGAGUUGAUAUCUAAUCAGGAUAUUCCAGUUGAUCUCAGGGAUGAUGUCAAGUGCAAGGGUUACAAGAUUUCAGCCUCAAAAGAUGAUUCUGAUGUAUACAAAUGCAAGGAAGAGCAUGACCUGCUCAAACACAAUGCUGGUAAGAAAGGUCCAUCACGUGAACAAGCAAAAACUAAUGUGCAUAGCAAGAGAGCAAAGCUAUCUUCUGAGGGCAAGAUCAAGUCAAAGGAAAAUCAAAGCAAUGAAAAGCCACCUAAUAUUUCAACAAAGGAACGCAUGGAGUUUGAAAUAGGUGUAUUACCAACAGAUAAAUUGAGUGGAGGUCAUGGUGUUCGUCCAUCUGAUAUAAAAAUUCAGAAGUCAAAGUCACAGAAGGAUAAGGUCAGAGGUAAUCAAAGAGUCUCAGUGGGGGCCAAAAGAUUGGAACAAAGGGAUAAAGUGGAUCUAGCAGAAAGACCUGCCGCUGAUAUUGAUAUAAAAGGGAGGGCAUGUUUGGAUAAACCGAAGGAAAAAUUGAGUGGCAAAAAGCCCGAGAAUAGGUUACUGUCAAAAGAUGCUCCCAUUCUGUGCCAAGGAACAAAGGAAAAUGGACUGGCUUUGGAGCUCGUACCCGUAGCCGCAGCUCCUGUCAUUAUAGAAGAAGAUUGGGUGUGCUGUGAUAGUUGUCAUAAGUGGCGGCUUCUACCCUACGGUACUAAGCCAGAGCAACUCCCUGAGAAGUGGUUGUGUAGCAUGCUUAAUUGGCUGCCUGGGAUGAAUCGAUGCGACAUAAGUGAAGAGGAAACAACCAAAGCACUCUAUGCAUUAUACCAGAUCCCAUCUUCAGAAGGUAUAAAUAAGCUGCAGACUCAUGCUAAUGGAACAGCAUCUGCAGUACUUGCAGUUGAUGCCCUACAUUAUGAUCGGAAUCUCAGUUCUCAUGCCAUGUCUAAUCAAGGGAAGAAGAUACUUGGUUCAAGGGAAAUACCAAAUGCAGGUAAUGGAAGUGGUCUCUUGAACUCUACAAAGAACCACCUGCAAGUAGCUGUAAAAAGUUUAAGCUCAAAUGUCAUAAACCAGCCUCCUUUAGAAUCAAAUCUGAUAAAGAAAUCUAGUUCUCGACAUAUGAGCAAGCUGCAAAACUUGGGAAUCGAAAAAAGCAUACCUAAGCAGAAGGAGAAGCAAACAAGUGGAGGUAAUGCCAAGGCAGUAAGAUUGAAAAACAAGAAGGAGGAUGAUCAGCAUACAUUUGGAACUUCUAAGAAACCGAAGAGAGGAGAUAUGGGGCAUGCUGAUGCGAACCCGAAUUCUAAUGUUGACAUUGGAAAGGUUUGUGUCGGUUCAAGUGCUGGUCUGUUAUCCCAGGCACAUGGUCAGGACGCCAAAAACACUGACCUCUGUCAUUCUGAAGACACAAAGGAUGUAGCCAAGCCUGCCAAGGACAAAUUGCAAGUUUCUGCAAAGAAAUUGAAAGACCAAAUUCAGGUCUCAUUGCAUGGUGGGGCUUUGGACGUGAGAACAGGUACUAGAGAUAGUUCCAUGAAGAAAAGAAAGAUGAGAGAGUGGCAGGAUUCUCAGAAUAAUGUGGAGACAUUUCAAGAUUUUGGGCAUGAAGGGAAGGUAUAUACCAAGGAACAAAGUGGUGAAAGCGGAUCUCGGAAGGAGAAGAAGUCCAGGAUUUUGAAGUCUGAUCGUAAAGAGUCUAGUACUGGCAAUGGAGAUGAUAGAUCAAAUAGAAAAAGCAGAGCAACCCAGAUUGUCAUGUCAGGCACCAAAGUUGAUUCAAUUCAUGUUGCGGAAAAGGAUAGGAGCAUUGUAAAAGACCGGCAACCCAAGAAACAUAGUAAAAAGAAUGCAUCUCAACAAACAUUCAAUGGUGUAAAUUUAUUGGGAAGGGAUUUGGGAUCCGGGCAUGUUUCUUUGGCUGCCACUUCAAGCUCUUCAAAGGUUUCAGGUUCCUAUAAAACUAGAGUUAACUUUGAAGAAGUAAAAGGCUCACCUGUGGAAUCAGUUUCUUCAUCUCCUUCGAGGACCUCCAAUGCAGACAGGCUUACUUCAGCAAGGGGAGAUGCUUUGGGGAUAGAUGAUUCCGCUUAUGGUGGUUUUCCUUUAACAAAUAAUUCCGAAAGAUGCUGGGGUGGGGAUGGGACUGUUAAUAUUGAUAGAUUGGGGACAACCAAGAAGGAAUCGAUUUUGUGUAGUAGUCAUGCUGAAUCCCAUAAAUUUUCAUUAGUAGGCUACGAGGAUGGAGAUGCCAAUGGUGAAUUCAAUGUCACAGCCAAACCUUCUUGUGAAGUUUGGAAUAGCCAUUUGCUCUGUGGUAAUGAUGAUGGUUUGGAAAAUGGUCAGUGCCUCAGUAAUCAGCAUGGCAUGAAUCAUUCACAUGAAGAUGAUAGAGAGAACAAGAACUACUCUGGAGAUGCUGUUUGUGUGCAAAAAUCUGGCAAGGGUUCCUGUUUGCAGUCUAAGGACAUUGUUAGAAGUGGCACUUCUAAUUUGGAUAGGAACAGGAUGAAGGUUUCUGAUCCAGUGAAUGAUUACUCGAAGAAGAGUCAAAGAUAUGUCACUGAGAUGGAACCCAAUUAUGUUCAUGAAAAAGGGAAUAAUUUUAGACACGAUCUUCCAGAAAAGUGUAGCACUAAGUGGGUUGAGGUCAAGGAUGAAAACUAUCAUAUUGGUAGGGGGGAUAAAGCAGGACAUGGGUCAAGUGACAGUGGAGUGGAAACUCAACUAAAACGAAAGGACCAUGAUGCGUCAGAUGUGAAGUUUAGUUCCACACAGAGCCCCAAUAGGAAGGGCGCCUUGCAACAGAACCUGAUUCAGAAUCAUGAGGGUGGUCAGAUGCAACAUGAGUCAAGACGUGGGAAACCACAAUUGUUUUCACAUUGCCAAGGUGAAAGGAAAGAAGAAACACCAUCUCUUUGCCCUAGACCUUUUGCAGGGUCUGAGAGAGUAGUCGUGUUUCAAGGGCUUCCAGUUGAUACCAUUGUCAAUGGUGAUGUGCCAAAGUCACUAAAGCAGGCUGGGACUGCUGCUAACAAGAAUGGAGUUAAUUGCAAUUUGGUACAUCUCAUGCCUGAUCAACAGAGAGCAUUAGAUGUCAGUGCGCCAAGUCCUGUGAGAAACUCCUCAGGCCAAACUGCUACUAAUACCUUGAUAGAAGCCAAGAGGCUUAGAGACUAUGCUGAUUAUCUUAAGAACUCUGGGUUUGAUUUUGAAAGUAGUGAGGCUUAUUUCCAAGCUGCCCUGAAGUAUAUCCAAGGAGCCGUGCUUUUAGAAAGUUGCAGUAGUGAGAAUGGCAAACAUGGAGAUAUAACUACGUUGCAAGUGUACAGUACUACAGCUAAACUUUGCGAAUUAUGUGCCCAUGAAUAUGAAAGCCGCCAAGAAGUGGCCUCUGCUGCCUUGGCUUACAAAUGCAUGGAGGUGGCAUACAUGAGGGUUGUUUACUGUAAACAUUCUAGUACAAACAGAGAUCGGCAUGAGUUGCAAGCGACUUUCAAUAUGGCUCCUCUAGGUGAGUCUCCAUCGUCUUCUGCAUCAGAUUUAGAUAACCUGAACAACCAAGUGAUGGCAGACAAGUCUAUAUUGUCCAACGGAGCUGGUUCUCAUGUUUUUGGAAACCAUGUUGUUGCUGCUCAUAACCGAUCUAAUUUUGUCAGGCUGCUUGACUUUACACAGGAUGUAAAUUUUGCAAUGGAAGCCUCGAGGAAAUCCCAGAAUGCUUUUGCAGCUGCUUGCGCAAAACUGGGAGAUGCACAUAAGAAUGGUUCUAUUUCUUCUAUUAGGAGGGUCAUUGAUUUCAGCUUCCAAGAUUUAGAGGAGCUUAUCUGUCUGGUUAAGCUUGCAAUGGAGGCCAUAAGUCGAUCCAAAUUUGGUGGUGCCAGAGAUUAAGUCAACCCUGUAUAUAUUGAACGUUUUCAUGCUUUCUCUCCUAAGAAGGCAGGCAUCAGGAAAAAAAAAAAAAGGAGAAAGGAUGCCCGCCUGGGCCUUCACUUGAAAAUUUUCAUAGAAGGCCGGUUACUGACAGUUCAUUACUCAUCUGUACAUGUGUACAAAGUGAGAUUGAUUACCAACUUUUGUAAUGUAUUUUUUUGCAAGUUAAGUCUAUUUUUGAUGCCGAUAAGGGCAAAUCAUGCUCAACCAUAAGUUUUCAUGGGUUGGGAAAAGAGGAAUUCAUUGUUCAGGAGCACAGCUGGGAGAUAUUGUAAUAGUUCAGUUAUAUAUUUUUUUUAGGCUCCUGUAGUUUGGAGCUUGAGGGUUUAAAAAAUGUCUAUAGGGAUUGGAAGAAUAUUCUUAGGCAACCAUUUUGAGAAGGUUGAAUACUGAUAUAGUGGUGACUGGUCAAUGCUCUAUCAAGCAUUUUUCUGUUUUCUUACUAUUUAUUAAAAUUUUGAUGGAAUGCAAACCAAAUUCUUGGGCAAGGUUCCCCUUAUACUUGUAGAACAAAAGCCUAAGCUUUUGUAUACGUUGAUUGUGCCAACUUUCCAAGGACCGAUGCAUGAAUGAAAUCUUCAGGUGAUAAUCAAAGAACUUUGGUUGAGCAACCCCUGAGAAGUUCAGACUUGUGACCUACAUGGUGGAGUACACUCUAGGACCAUCGCUGCAUGUGAGUUCAAGACUUCCAAGUGUAAGAAAAACAGGUUUUCAAAUGUUUUUCUUUUGCAAGAAUUACCCUAUAUUAUCCAUGUGUUAUUCUAAUAAUAAAUUUUGCCUUUUAUGUGGUAGGAUGUGUCAGUUUACUUCUGCAUCAAUAACUUGUGAUGCUUUGAUGUGGACACAUGAAAUUGUUUUCGCAAUUCAUGCUAUCUGCUUGUGAUACACUGAGAUUUAAGAGUUGAAGUUCUAUAUCUAGUUUCAAAAAUUUACCAGGGGUUCUUUUUUCUCGGUUGGAGUUGGUUGCUAACAAGUAACUUAGAAAUAUAUUUUUCCUUUUUGUGGGAAAAGGCUUUGUUGUUGUUGUUUUUGGUUUAUGUUAAGCUUGCAGUUUGCUAUUCUAUUAUCAGUAAUAAUAUCUUAUGCUGUGGUUCAUGAGCCGUGACUGUAGUUUCAGUUCAAAUGGUCCUGGUGUUGGUCAGACUGGUUUGCUUACCGCAUCAACUGAGUGAACGAGUUCAUUUUUUCCGUGGCACUCAACUUGUUGGUUUUCAUGCUACUUUCACUUGUAUUCCAUGUGGUGUCAUUCAUUGUUUUGCAAGCUUGAUUUUGCCAAUGUCGCCAUUGAUUGUUGAGUUAUCAGCGUUAGAUUUACAAAGAGCGAAUGAGGUUCUACCUAUUAUGUUUCGCAAAAUUGUAGAUCUAUCCAUGUUGGUGAUUGAUAUGGCUGCUUUAUAUUGAAUUUCAGUGCACAACAAUUUUAAAUGGCUGAGUUCCGUUUUGAUUUGUCUAAUGAUAAAGUUUUGUAGAGGCAGCCAUGCUUGAGGGUGUUCAUACCUGUGCACACCACUUUCAGUAACCACUCUCCCAUAAUUCCAUGGUGGUGUUGGUCUCUCUCUCUCUCUCUCUCUCAAUUGAUUGUUAUUCUAUCAGCUUAUAUACGAAUAGUUCUUUCUGUUAUUUUUAAACGUAGUAAGAUAACGGUUUUUCUUCUGUGAUGUAGGUGUAGUACAUCAAUUGUGCUAGAUAGGCAAGGUUUUUCUUGAUUUGAUUCUUGCCUUGAAACGUUAAAUAUGUAGAUUUGAAUUAAUAUCAAGUUUUGUUCUUUUAUGAUGAGGAAGUCGGAUACUUUCCACAGGAUACAGGUUUUAUCGAAUCAGUGUUACUCUACCGGUUUUGAUUCACAAAGCGGGAUCUUGGUUUAGGAAGGAGAAGACGGUGCUGACUUUGGUCGCUGGCAGCAGCAGGUGCUGGUUAUUUACAUGUAUUUUCUGUUUCUCUUGUUUUUCUUUUUACUCCAACAUUGAGUAUUCUUUUCAGUGUUGCCUCCAGUAUUUUAA